AUGUCGAACAAGUUUGGAGAGUUCACCCCGGGACCUCCAAAACUUCCAAAAGAACAGCAGGAGGAGUUUGAAGCGCUUCAGAAACUUGCCAACUCUCAGGCUGCCAUCGAUGAGUACAACAGACAAAUCGAGGAGACCGGUGCAGCAGAUAGCGAUAUUUUGGGCAACAUGAGCAAGACUGACGUUGGCAUGCAAACACAAUACUUGAAGACUAUCCCCGAGUUUGAGGGCGAAGUCAACCCAGUGACGGGCGAGAUCGGAGGGCCAAAGCAGGACCCUUUGAGACAUAACGACUGGUCAUUCAACGGUAGAGUGACGGAUUUUUAA